AUGAAUAACCAUUUGAGGGAUGCCAAUUUCGCAAGCAAAGAAAAUGUCUCGAAAAAAGGGACGCAGAACAAAACAACUGUACAUGUGAAGAACACAUACAUAUCACCAUACGUGCUUUAUAACAACAAAAAGGAAAAUAAUGAAAAUGAAUUUGCAAAAUUGAACAACAUUUUGACGAAUGAAAAAAACAAAGUAUUCAUUAAGCAUAAAUUUAACUACUUUAAAGAUGGAAUUCAUGAGAAAAAAAAUUUAAGGUACUCGUUAGUUAAUAAACUCAACUUGAAGUGCUUUGAAAAUAAGGGGAAUGCAUGCGAACUGAAUACUAUUACUACCAUGAUUCAGAUGAAUUCUGAUUUUGAUAGUGACAAGGACGGCAAUGAAAUGGUUAAACAUGAGAAAUCAAACUUAGUUGGAAAUAUAAAAGAACUUACCAUUAUUAGAAGUGAAGACAUAAUUCGAGGUAGAGGAACUAUAAGGAGUGAGGAGUUUAUUGGGAACAACGAUAUUAUGAACGGGAAGGAUAUCAUAAACAUUGGGGAAGUAAUUAAUAAUGAGAGAAUGGAAGAGGAGAAGACACAACCAGAUGUUUCUUUUAAGACAUAUCCAAAGGGUCAAAAAUCAGAUGCUUCUUUUAAGACAUAUCCAAAGGAUGAAAAACGAGAUGCUUAUUUUUCCUAUAAUAACUAUUACAAAGACAAUGAAAGUGUUUUUCCUAGCUCCAAUUGUUACAUUUCGAGAAGCAGUGGAUAUGAAGAUAAGGUAAAUUCACUUAAGUAUGAAGGAGAUGAACGAAUUAACCAAGUUGAGUUAUCUAAUAGUAAUAUAGAACCCAUAGACAAUUGUUGUUGUUCCCAUAGUAGACUUAGAGACAAUUGCACAAAUGAAGUAAUUUACAAAUGUGAAGAUUCUAUUCCACUUGGGACAAUUCUGAACAUUCAUAACCUUGACAAUAAUAAUACUAAUAUUUUGACAACUGUUAUGCUAAGAAAUAUACCGAAUAAGUACACACAGAAAAUGCUAAUGAAUGUUAUGAAUGAACAUUUUAAAGGAUUGUAUGAUUUUUUUUAUUUACCAAUUGAUUUCCGAAAUAAAUGUAAUGUUGGAUAUGCCUUUAUAAAUUUUAUACAUCCUUAUUAUGCUGAACUGUUCAUACGAUUUUUUAAUAACUAUAAAUUAAAUGCUUUUAAAAGUAAUAAAAUAUGUACAGUUACAUGGGGAAGAGUACAAGGGUUAAAAGCCAACAUUGAGCAUUACAGAAAUUCUGCUAUCAUGACUAUACCCAUACCACAGUAUAAACCUAUGCUUUUUCAAAAUGGAAUUUCUGUCUCUUGGCCAGAAUCCGAUGGACCUUUACCUUCGAUUAAAUUGCGUUCGCAAAAGUAUUAA